AUGAACACAUUAAGUACAAAGAAAUAUUUAGUUACUGUAAUUGUGCAGUACUUGAUAUUGCUUUUCGACGUUUUCGUAAAUUCGUUUGCCGUUUUUUCUCGACAGAAUCCAAUUAAUUUACUGAUCGUCUAUGUGAUUCAAGACUUGUGUAUUGUUAUGACCCUUACUGUUCUUCUAGUUAAUUUUUUUUCCACCUACAUCUUCCAGGUUGGACUGAUACAAUUAUUAUAUACAAAAUUUCGUGUUACAUUAAUAUUGUGUAUUGUAUAUAUAAUACUAAGCAUUAGCCUUCACACUUGGGACAUUAAGAUGAAUUGGUCGUCAUCCUUCAAAUAUCACUGGACUAAAGAUUUUCAUGUUCUUUAUUCAUUGCACAGAGGAGUUGCAGUUUUAUAUUACUAUUUCUAUAAGAGAGCAUCUCUCAGAAUUGCAGAUCCAAGAUUUUAUGAGAAUUCUAUGUGGAUGCAAAAUCAGUUCAGUCUUCCAUGACUAAAGUUUUUUAAUAUCCAGGG